AUGGGGCUAAGAGGGGCCAGCCUGUUCCUGCUCUGGCUGGCACUUUGCUCUGCCCACGAAAUAAGAAAAGGGAGGACAAGAAACCAUGGCCACUCUGUCUGCAGCACUUGGGGGAACCACCAUUUCAAAACUUUUGAUGGAGACAUCUACCAAUUCUCUGGCCUUUGCGAGUACAAUUUUGCUUCUGACUGCCACAGCUCUUACAAGGAAUUCUCUGUCCACAUCCAGCGUGCUCUGAACAGCAACAACCACCCUCAGAUCCAGUACAUUCUGCUGACAAUCAAGGACUUCACAGUCUACCUCAGACCAAAAGUGGCUGUGGUGGAUGGGAAGAUUGUGAAGACACCUUACUACAGCUCUGGUUUGUUCAUUGAGAGCAGUGACAUCUACACCAAGGUCUAUGCCAAAUUUGGCCUGAGCCUGAUUUGGAACCAGGAAGAUGCACUGAUGGUGGAGCUGGACAACAAAUUUGCUAACAGUACUUGUGGUCUCUGUGGGGAUUACAAUGGAAUUCCAAUCUACAAUGAGUUUAUCAAUGGACAUGACAGCUACAACUCAAUCACAUAUGGAAAUUUACAGAAGAUCAACAAACCCAAUGCCAGAUGUGAGGAUCCUGAUGAAACUAAAGCUCUUCCAAGCUGCAAUGAGCAUCGUGAUGAGUGUGAGAAGCUGCUGACCUCCUCUGCCUUCUCUGACUGUCUGAUACGCCUUAACCUGGAAAUGUACAUCCAAGCUUGCAUGCAGGACAAGUGUGCAUGCACGGGAGAAGAAGACUCCUUCUGCCUCUGCAGCACCAUCUCGGAGUACUCUCGCCAGUGCUCGCACGCGGGUGGCCGGCCGGGAGAGUGGAGGACACAGAGCUUCUGCCCCAAGACCUGUCCCAAGAACAUGAUCUACAAAGAAAGCAGCUCCCCCUGCAUGGACACUUGCACACACUCAGAAGUCAGCAGCCUUUGUGAGGAACACUACAUGGAUGGAUGUUUCUGCCCUGAAGGAACUGUGUAUGAUGAUAUUACUGAACAAGGCUGCAUACCACGCAGCCAGUGCUCCUGCCAGCUCCAUGGAAAGCAGUAUUCACCUGGACAAAACAUCACCAAUGAAUGUGAAGAAUGCACCUGCAAUUCAGGCAGAUGGAUGUGCAAAGACUUACCCUGCCCAGGCACUUGCUCAGUGGAAGGAGGGUCACAUAUUACCACCUUUGAUGGGAAGAAAUACACCUUCCAUGGAGACUGCUACUACGUGUUGGCCAAGGGUGCUGCAAAUGACAGUCAUGCACUGCUGGCAGAGCUGGCUCCCUGUGGCUCCACAGACAGGCAGACAUGUUUGAAGACCGUGGUGCUGUUGGCAGAUCACAAAAAAAAUGUGGUGGUUUUCAGACCUGAUGGCAGUGUGUUACUGAAUGACAUGACAGUGAAUGUGCCUCAUGUGUCAGCCAGCUUCUCCGUGUUCAAGCCAUCUUCCUACUACCUCGUUGUACAAACUGCUGGUGGGCUGCAGCUGCAGAUCCAACUGUCUCCAGUCAUGCAGCUCUUUGUGACUGUGGAUCAGUCUGUCCAAGGAAAGCUCCAAGGUCUUUGUGGAAACUUUAAUGGAAUGGAAGGUGACGACUUCAAAACAAGCAGUGGGCUGGUGGAAGCUACAGGCUCUUCCUUUGCUAACACAUGGAAAGCUCAGUCCAUCUGUGCAGACCAGGCAGAAAAGCUGGAAGACCCUUGCAGCCUCAGCAUUGAGAGUGCAAAUUAUGCUGAGCAUUGGUGUUCUUUGUUAAAAAAAUCAGAUGGGCCUUUUGCAAGAUGCCAUGAAGCUGUUGAUCCUUCUGAAUACUACAAGAAAUGUAAAUAUGACACCUGCCUCUGUGAAGACAACGAGGAGUGCCUUUGUGCUGCCCUGUCCUCUUACUCAAGAGCCUGUGCUUUCAAAGGCAUCAUACUGGGAGGCUGGAGAGACACAGUCUGCACUCGUGAAGUCUCUGCCUGCCCAGGAAACCAAAUCUUCCUUUACAACCUGACCCUGUGCCAGCAAACCUGCCGCUCCCUGGCUGAUGGAGAAAAGUAUUGCCCACAAGAUUUCCCUCCCAUGGAUGGCUGUGGCUGCCCCUACAAUACCUACCUGGACAACCAUGAUGCCUGUGUGCCUGUCUCCAAAUGCCCCUGCUACUACAAGGGAACAUACCUGGAACCAGGGGAAUAUGUCACAAAGGAUGGAGAGCGUUGUGUUUGCCGAAAUGCAAGGGUCCAGUGCACUUCAGUGAAACUGAGAACAAAAAGUCUAACAGAAUGUUCUUCUGCGAAGACCUACUUUGACUGCAGCGCAUCCUUGAACGGGACUUCCCAAACGCCUGUACAGCUGAGAUGCCAUUCUCCUGACACUGAAGAGUUCCAGGCAGAGUGUGUCCCGGGAUGCGUGUGCCCUGCGGGUCUGUACGAUGAUGGGAGAGGAGGCUGUGUGGAGCAGAAGGACUGUCCAUGCCCUCAUAACAACCAGUGGUAUUCUUCUGGACAGAAGAUAAAAGUGGGCUGCAACACCUGCACAUGCCAAAAAGGAGUUUGGAGCUGCUCUGAACAAAUAUGCUAUGGGACUUGUAUGAUCUAUGGAAGUGGCCAUUACAUCACCUUUGAUGGGAAAUUCUAUGACUUUGAUGGCAGCUGUGAAUAUGUGGCGACUCAGGAUUUUUGUAGUGGCAGUAAUUCUACUGGCUCGUUCAGCAUCAUCACAGAGAAUGUCCCUUGUGGAACUACAGGAGUCACCUGCUCAAAGGCUAUUAAGAUAUUUCUUGGGAAAACAGAGCUGAAGUUGGAGAACAAAGACUACAAAGAGAUUCAGCGUGACGUUGGUGAUGAUGUGCGCUAUUGGAACAGGACAGUUGGCCUCUACCUCGUUAUUGAGGCCAGCAAUGGUGUGAUGCUUAUUUGGGAUAAGAAGACCACAGUGUUCAUCAAGCUGACCCCUGAUUUCAAGGGCAAAGUGUGUGGUCUGUGUGGCACCUUCGAUGGCAAGUCUAACAAUGACUUUACAACAAGGAGUGGGCUGCAGGAAACCAGUGCUUUGAAGUUUGGGAAUUCCUGGAAACAAUCCUCAAUGUGCCCAGAUGCCACCAGUGAAAUUAAGCCCUGUGACCUAAAGCCACAUCGGAAGUCCUGGGCAGAGAAAGAGUGCAGCAUCAUCCAGAGUGAAGUCUUCAAAAUCUGUCACUCCAAGGUGGACCCAAAGCCUUUCUAUGAAGCCUGUGUUCAUGAUGCCUGCUCUUGUGACAGUGGUGGAGACUGUGAGUGCUUCUGUUCUGCAGUUGCUGCAUACGCUCAAGAAUGUACCAAGGCUGAGGCUUGUGUUUUCUGGAGAACUCCUGAUAUAUGCCCAAUUUUCUGUGACUACUACAACCCUCCUGAUGAGUGUGAAUGGCACUAUGAGCCUUGUGGCAAAGAGAUCAUGACCUGCAGGAUCAUUAAUAACGUCAGCACCAACUUCACAGUACCAUACCUGGAAGGUUGCUACCCCAGAUGCCCUCCUGAGAAGCCUGUUUAUAAUGAAGAGACCAAGGAAUGUGUCCAGGCGGAUCAGUGUGGUUGUUACAUCAAUGGAACUUACAUCCCUGUUGGGAACGAGACAAUCACAGAACAGAAUUGUACAAAAUGUGUCUGCACCCCCUCAGGAUCGAUCGAGUGCACACCACUCCCAGGCUGUCCUUGUAUUGUCAAUGGAACAAGUUAUGAAGUGGGUGAAAUUGUGACACACAUACAGCAGGGUGAAAUAUGCAUAACCUACAUCUGCGCGGAAAACGGCUCUGUGGUUCCUGGAAGCACUUACCCUUGUCCAACGUCCUCACCGACCACCACUUCCACCCCAACACCUACCAGCACUCUUACCAGCACAGUUACAACACCAAGACCUCCACUGACUACAACUCCAUGCUUGGAGUUAGUCUGUGACUGGACUGAAUGGUUUGAUGUCAGCAAUCCAGAAGUGGAUGGCGGUGACUAUGAAACCUACGAGGCUAUAAGAAAGAAACAUGGAGACAAAAUCUGUGAAGCUCCUGAAAAAAUCCAGUGCAGGGCUAAAAAUAUGCCUGAUCUGAGCUUAGAGGAGCUUGGCCAGAAAGUGGAGUGCAAUGUUACUUAUGGGCUGAUCUGCAGAAACGAGGAGCAAGAUGUCACUAUGUGGGAACUUUGCUACAACUAUGAAAUCAGGGUAAACUGCUGUAAGUGGCAAGAAACCUCCUGUGAGACAAAACCAACUUCAACACCAACGACAACCACUGCCAGCACAACAGUGCCUGCCACCACUACAACCACACGGCCCACCACCACAACCAAACCCACCCCAACUGUCAGCACACCGAGACCUUCAACUUCUUCAGCACCACCUUCAACCACGAGUACAAAGACCCCUCCACCUGUACCAACAACCACUCCCAAGCCGACAACACCACACCCGCCCAGCACCACCACAACACCGCCUCCCAGCACCACUACCACAGUGCCUCCAACCAGCACCACUACCACCACGGUGCCUCCUCCCAGCACAACAACCACCACAGUGCAUCCUGCCAGCACCACGACCACUCUGGGGACAACGCCAAUUGUUACUGGCACACCACCACCAGCCACAACUACUGGAAGCACUUCAGUGCCUACACCAAGGCCACCCACCUCCCCUGUAGACUGCACCUGUGUCUGGACCGGCUGGAUCGAUGAGUACUACCCAAGUCCUGACAGAAACGAUGGUGACUACGAAACCUUUGAUAGGAUUGAGAGUGCAAUCCCCUCCUGGGAGUGUGCCAAGGUGGAGAACAUUUCCUGCAGAGCAUCAAAAUUCCCUGACAAUUCCAUUGCAGAACUGGGGCAGAAGGUGGAAUGCAGCGUGGAGCAUGGGCUGAUCUGUAACAACAAGGACCAGACAAUCGGGGGGCUGAUCCCCAUGCCUGUGUGCCUCAACUACGAGAUCAAUGUCUGCUGCACCCCUAACGUACCGGAGUGUGUUAUAGAACACAGCACCCCAAGCACCACCACCACUACCACCCCUGCGCCGCCUCCCAGCACCACCACCACCACGGUACCACCUCCCAGCACCACCACAGUACCGCAUCCUCCCACCACCAGGAGCACCACCGUGCCUCUUCCUCCUGGCACCACCAGCACCCCUGUACCACCUACCGGCAGCAUGAGCACCACAGUGCCUCUUCCUCCAGGCACCACCAGCACCCCUGUACCACCUACCGGCAGCACGAGCACCACAGUGCCUCUUCCUCCAGGCACCACCAGCACCCCAGUACCACCUACCGGCAGCACGAGCACCACAGUGCCUCUUCCUCCAGGCACCACCAGCACCCCUGUACCACCUACCGGCACCACGAGCACCACAGUGCCUCUUCCUCCUGGCACCACCAGCACCCCUGUACCACCUACCGGCACAACGAGCACCACCGUGCCUCUUCCUACCACCAGCACCCCUGUACCACCUACUGGCAGCGCCAGCACCACCAGGCCUCUUCCUCCCGGCACCACCAGCACCCCUGUACCACCUACUGGCACCACGAGCACCACAGUGCCUCUUCCUACCAGCACCACCAGCACCCCUGUACCACCUACCAGCACCACAAGCACUACAGUGCCUCCUCCUAGCACCACCACCAGCACCCCUGUACCACCUACCAGCACCACAGGCACUACAGUGCCUCCUCCUAGCACCAGCACCCCUGUACCACCUACCAGCACCACAAGCACUACAGUGCCUCCUCCUAGCACCAGCACCCCUGUACCACCUACCAGCACCACAAGCACUACAGUGCCUCCUCCUAGCACCACCACCAGCACCCCUGUACCAACUACCAGGACCACGACCACCACAGUGCCUCUUCCUACCACCACCACCAGCACCCCGGUACCACCUACCGGCACCACCAGCACUACAGUGCCUCUUCCUCCCGGCACCAGCAGCACCCCUGUACCAACUACCAGGACCACAACCACCACAGUGCCUCUUCCUACCACCACCACCAGCACCCCUGUACCACCUACUGGCACCACGAGCACCACAGUGCCUCUUCCUACCAGCACCACCAGCACCCCUGUACCACCUACUGGCAGCAUGAGCACCACAGUGCCUCUUCCUCCUGGCACCACCAGCACUCCUGUACCACCUCCCAGCACCACGAGCACCACAGUGCCUCUUCCUCCUGGCACCACCAGCACUCCUGUACCACCUCCCGGCACCACCAGCACCACCGUGCCUCUUCCUCCCAGCACCACCAGCACCCCUGUACCACCUACUGGCACCACGAGCACCACAGUGCCUCUUCCUCCCGGCACCACCAGCACCCCGGUGCCACCUACUGGCACCACGAGCACCACAGUGCCUCUUCCUACCAGUACCCCGGCACCACCUACUGGCAGCACGAGCACCACAGUGCCUCUUCCUCCCGGCACCACCAGCACCCCGGUACCACCUACCAGCACCACGAGCACCACAGUGCCUCCUCCUAGCACCACCACCAGCACCCCUGUACCACCUACCAGCACCACAAGCACUACAGUGCCUCCUCCUAGCACCAGCACCCCUGUACCACCUACCAGCACCACAAGCACUACAGUGCCUCCUCCUAGCACCAGCACCCCUGUACCACCUACCAGCACCACAAGCACUACAGUGCCUCCUCCUAGCACCACCACCAGCACCCCUGUACCAACUACCAGGACCACGACCACCACAGUGCCUCUUCCUCCCGGCACCACCAGCACCCCGGUACCACCUACCGGCACCACCAGCACUACAGUGCCUCUUCCUCCCGGCACCAGCAGCACCCCUGUACCAACUACCAGGACCACAACCACCACAGUGCCUCUUCCUACCACCACCACCAGCACCCCUGUACCACCUACUGGCAGCACGAGCACCACCGUGCCUCUUCCUCCCGGCACCACCAGCACCCCUGUACCACCUACUGGCAGCACGACCACCACAGUGCCUCUUCCUCCUGGCACCACCAGCACUCCUGUACCACCUCCCGGCACCACGAGCACCACAGUGCCUCUUCCUCCUGGCACCACCAGCACUCCUGUACCACCUCCCGGCACCACCAGCACCACCGUGCCUCUUCCUCCCAGCACCACCAGCACCCCUGUACCACCUACUGGCACCACGAGCACCACAGUGCCUCUUCCUCCCGGCACCACCAGCACUCCUGUACCACCUCCCGGCACCACGAGCACCACAGUGCCUCUUCCACCCGGCACCACUAGCACUCCUGUACCACCUCCCGGCACCACGAGCACCACAGUGCCUCUUCAUACCACCACCACGAGCACCCCGGUACCACCCAUCGGCACCACAAGUGCCCCUGUGCCUCCUCUAAGCACGACUACCACCACAGUACCACCUCUCAGCAGCACAAUGACACCUCCUACUCCCAGCACCACCAGCACCACACCGCCUCCCAUCACAAGAACCACCACAGUGCAUCCUCCCAGCAGCACCACCACCUCCUUGCCUCCUCCCAGCACCGCGACCACUCUGGGGACAACGCCAAUUGUUACUGGCACACCACCACCAGCCACAACUACUGGAAGCACUUCAGUGCCUACACCAAGGCCACCCACCUCCCCUGUAGACUGCACCUGUGUCUGGACCGGCUGGAUCGAUGAGUACUACCCAAGUCCUGACAGAAACGAUGGUGACUACGAAACCUUUGAUAGGAUUGAGAGUGCAAUCCCCUCCUGGGAGUGUGCCAAGGUGGAGAACAUUUCCUGCAGAGCAUCAAAAUUCCCUGACAGUUCCAUUGCAGAACUGGGGCAGAAGGUGGAAUGCAGCGUGGAGCAUGGGCUGAUCUGUAACAACAAGGACCAGACAAUCGGGGGGCUGAUCCCCAUGCCUGUGUGCCUCAACUACGAGAUCAAUGUCUGCUGCACCCCUAACGUACCGGAGUGUGUUAUAGAACACAGCACCCCAAGCACCACCACCACUACCACCCCUGCGCCGCCUCCCAGCACCACCACCACCACGGUACCACCUCCCAGCACCACCACAGUACCGCAUCCUCCCACCACCACGAGCACCACCGUGCCUCUUCCUCCUGGCACCACCAGCACCCCUGUACCACCUACCGGCAGCACGAGCACCACAGUGCCUCUUCCUCCAGGCACCACCAGCACCCCUGUGCCACCUACCGGCAGCACGAGCACCACAGUGCCUCUUCCUCCAGGCACCACCAGCACCCCUGUGCCACCUACCGGCAGCACGAGCACCACAGUGCCUCUUCCUCCUGGCACCACCAGCACCCCUGUACCACCUACCGGCACAACGAGCACCACAGUGCCUCUUCCUCCUGGCACCACCAGCACCCCUGUACCACCUACCGGCACAACGAGCACCACCGUGCCUCUUCCUACCACCAGCACCCCUGUACCACCUACUGGCAGCGCCAGCACCACCAGGCCUCUUCCUCCCGGCACCACCAGCACCCCUGUACCACCUACUGGCACCACGAGCACCACAGUGCCUCUUCCUACCAGCACCACCAGCACCCCUGUACCACCUACCAGCACCACAAGCACUACAGUGCCUCCUCCUAGCACCACCACCAGCACCCCUGUACCACCUACCAGCACCACAAGCACUACAGUGCCUCCUCCUAGCACCACCACCAGCACCCCUGUACCAACUACCAGGACCACGACCACCACAGUGCCUCUUCCUCCGGGCACCACCAGCACCCCUGUACCACUUACCGGCACCACGAGCACCACAGUGCCUCUUCCUACCACCACCACCAGCACCCCAGUACCACCUACCGGCACCACGAGCACCACAGUGCCUCCUCCUACCAGCACCCCGGUACCACCUACCAGCACCACAAGCACUACAGUGCCUCUUCCUACCACCACCACCAGCACCCCUGUACCACCUACCGGCACCACAAGCACCACAGUGCCUCUUCCUCCUGGCACCACCAGCACCCCUGUACCACCUACCGGCAGCACGAGCACCACAGUACCUCUUCCUCCUGGCACCACCAGCACCCCAGUACCACAUCCUUCCACCACCACGAGCACCACAGUGCCUCUUCCUCCUGGCACCACCAGCACCCCUGUACCACCUACUGGCAGCACGAGCACCACAGUGCCUCUUCCUCCUGGCACCACCAGCACCCCUGUACCACCUACUGGCACCACGAGCACCACAGUGCCUCCUCCUACCAGCACCACCAGCACCCCGGUACCACCUCCCGGCACCACAAGCACUGCAGUGCCUCUUCCUACCACCACCACCAGCACCCCUGUACCAACUACCAGGACCACGACCACCACAGUGCCUCUUCCUCCCGGCACCACCAGCACCCCUGUACCACCUACUGGCACCACGAGCACCACAGUACCUCUUCCUACCAGCACCCCUGUACCACCUACCAGCACCACAAGCACCACAGUGCCUCUUCCUCCUGGCACCACCAGCACCCCGGUACCACCUCCCGGCACCACGAGCUCCACAGUGCCUCUUCCUACCACCACCACCAGCACCCCUGUACCACCUACUGGCAGCACGAGCACCACCGUGCCUCUUCCUCCCAGCACUACCAGCACCCCAGUACCACCUACCAGCACCACAAGCACCACAGUGCCUCUUCCUCCCGGCACCCCCAGCACCCCUGUACCACCUACCGGCAGCACAAGCACCUCAGUGCCUCUUCCUACCACCACCACCAGCACCCCUGUACCACCUACCAGCACCACGAGCACCACAGUGCCUCUUCCUCCCGGCACCCCCAGCCCCCCUGUACCACCUACCGGCAGCACGAGCACCUCAGUGCCUCUUCCUACCACCACCACCAGCACCCCAGUACCACCUACCAGCACCUCAAGCACCACAGUGCCUCUUCCUCCCGGCACCCCCAGCACCCCUGUACCACCUACUGGCACCACGAGCACCACAGUGCCUCUUCCUCCCGGCACCCCCAGCACCCCUGUACCACCUACCGGCAGCACGAGCACCACAGUGCCUCUUCCUCCUGGCACCACCAGCACCCCUGUUCCACCUACCGGCAGCACGAGCACCUCAGUGCCUCUUCCUACCACCACCACCAGCACCCCUGUACCACCUACCGGCACCACGAGCACCACAGUGCCUCUUCCUCCCAGCACCACCAGCACCCCGGUACCACCUACCGGCACCACAACCACCACAGUGCCUCUUCCUACCACCACUACCAGCACCCUGGUACCACCUACCAGUACCACAGUGCCUCUUCCUCCCAGCACCACCAGCACCCCUGUACCACCUACUGGCAGCACGAGCACCACAGUGCCUCUUCCUCCUGGCACCACCAGCACCCCUGUACCGCCUACCAGCACCACGAGCACCACAGUGCCUCUUCCUCCCAGCACCACCAGCACCCCGGUACCACCUACCGGCACCACAACCACCACAGUGCCUCUUCCUCCCGGCACCACCAGCACCCCAGUACCACCUACCGGCACCACAAGCACCACAGUGCCUCUUCCUCCCGGCACCACCAGCACCCCUGUACCACCUACUGGCAGCACGAGCACCACAGUGCCUCUUCCUCCCGGCACCACCAGCACCCCUGUACCGCCUACCGGCACCACCAGCACCACCGUGCCUCUUCCUAGCACCACCACCAGCACCCCAGUACCACCUACUGGUACCACAGGCACCCCUGUGCCACCUCUAAGUACGACUACCACCACCGUACCACCUCCCAGCAGCACCGCACCUCCUCCUCCCAUCACCACCACCACAACAAUUUUCACCUCUACCACCUCCACAUUGCCUCCCAGCACCACUACCACCACAAAGCUACCUCCCAGCACCACGACCAAGCUACCUCCUAGCAGCACUACCAGCACCACCACCUCUGUGCCUCCUCCCAGCACCACGAGCGCUCUUGUGCCACCUAGGAGCACUACAGCCAGCACAAUGCCACCUCCCAGCAGCACCCCAGGAACGACACCUACUUCUCCUGGCACCCCAGCUACUACCCCACUUUCUACAAGCACGGUCCCCGGACCAACAGUAGUUACCAGAACCCAACCAGUGCCACCAACUGACGGACAGCAAGUGAUUACGACACCAGAACCAACCACCUUAGAGCCAGUCAUCACCUCUGGUACAACUCCAACUGUAUCUAUUACCACCACUUCAGGAACAACCUCUAGCAGUGUCAGUACAGUGCCUUCAACCACUACCACCACCACCAUCUCAACCAGUACUUCUAGGCCAACCGCGACAUCAACUGCAGUCACUGUGCCAGGAAGUUCUACGCCGACUACAGUUACUCCACACACUCCAACUACACCUCCACCAUCAACCACUCCUGGAAAAAAUUGUACUAUCAUGCCCAAUGAAUCUUAUGCACCAGGAGAGUCAUGGUGGAUCUGUGAGUGCGUUAAGGCAGUGUGUGUAGAAGAUGAUAAAGUCCAGGUGAUUCCUGUGGUCUGUGAUCCACCUCCUAAACCUACAUGUGCCAAUGGGCUUUCUCCUGUGCAAGUCAUCGAUGAGGAUGGAUGCUGCUGGCACUGGGAGUGUGACUGUUACUGCACUGGCUGGGGAGACCCCCACUACAUGACUUUUGAUGGACUCUACUACAGCUACCAGGGGAAUUGUACUUACGUCCUGGUGGAAGAGAUUAACAAGAAAGUUGACAACUUUGGUGUGUACAUUGAUAACUACCACUGCGAUAGCCGGGAUGUGGUCUCCUGUCCUCGGACGCUCAUCGUGAGGCACGAGACUCAGGAAGUGCGCAUAGCCACCGUCAAACCAAAUACUGUGGAGGUGGAGGUGACAGUAAACAAACAGCAAGUGGCUUUGCCUUACAAGAAGUUUGGUGUUCACAUCUACGAGUUAGGCAUAAAUCGUGUGGUGGAAAUCCCUGAGCUGAAAAUGAAUGUGACCUACAACGGCUUGUCCUUUUCCAUCAAAUUGCCCUACAGCCUCUUUGGCAACAACACUCAAGGACAGUGUGGUACCUGCAACAACAACACUGCAGAUGACUGCAUGCUGCCCAAUGGGAAGAUUGCAGAAAACUGUGAAACCAUGGCAGACCACUGGCAAGUUGUUGAUCCUUCCAAACCACAGUGCUCUCCAGGCUUAGUUCCUACCAAGUCACCCAGCACAACCACGGUGCAGCCUUGCAAAGAAUCUGCCAUCUGUGAGCUGCUUUUGGGAAGUGUGUUUGAGCCCUGCCAUAGCUUCGUCAACCCUGACAAGUUCUAUAAAGCCUGUGUGUUUGAUAGUUGUAUGCUGCCCAACCUAGACCUGGAAUGCUCAAGUCUGCAGACCUACGCUGCCACCUGCGCCGACCAAAGUGUGUGUGUUGACUGGAGAAAAUACACCAACGGUGUUUGCUCUUACCAGUGUCCCACAGGUAAAGAAUACAGAGCAUGUGGUCCUACUCAACAGAUUACCUGCAAAUCAAGCCAGCAGAAUGAAACUUCAUCUAAGCAGGUGGAAGGCUGCUUCUGCCCCAACGGAACCAUGCUCUAUGACCCCAGCGUGGAUGUCUGUGUCAAGACCUGCGGCUGUGUUGGAAUGGACUUGGUACCAAGAGAGUUUGGGGAAAGGUUUACAGUGGACUGUCAGGACUGUAUUUGCCUGGAAGGUGGAAGUGGCAUUGUGUGUGAGCCUCAUAAAUGUCCUGCACAAAAUAAGAUCACUUGUGAUGGAGAAGGUUUCCAUGAGGUCAUUGAAGUCAAUGCUGAUGAUACCUGCUGCCCCAUCACCACCUGCAAAUGCAACACAAGCCUGUGCACAUCUAAAGCUCCCAAGUGUAAGCCAGGAUUUGAAAUUCAGUCUCAUAUUCCCAGUGACAAGUGCUGUCCUGUGUAUCAGUGUGUUCCCAAGGGAGUCUGUGUACAUGAGAAUGCUGAGUUCUUGCCUAAUUCCUCAGUCUUCAUUGACAAGUGUCAGAACUGUUUCUGCACUAGCAAAGUGAACGCCAGCACUCAGCUGAAUAUCAUCUCCUGUGAACACGUUCCGUGCAACACAGCUUGUCAAGAAGGUUAUGAGCUUCAGCCAGUGAAAGGUGAAUGCUGUGGGAAAUGUGUGCAGACUAAGUGUGUGAUACACACAAUGAGCAACUCCAACCUCAUCCUGAGUCCUGGGGAGUUUAAAAACGAUCCUAACAACAACUGCACCAUCUAUAGCUGUGUCACUAUCCAUGACCAGUUCAUCUCUUCCACAUCUGAGAUUACCUGCCCAGCAUUCAAUGAAGAAAGCUGCAAACCUGGAACCAUUGCAUUCUUGCCCAACGGUUGUUGCAGGACCUGUGCACCUCUGGAUAGUCCCACGCCCUGCUCUGUCCGCCAGAGGACAGACUUCAUCGUCUACCAGGGCUGCCGCUCUGUGGAGAGAGUUGUCAUGGCUGAGUGUGAAGGAACAUGUGGAACCUUCUCCAUGUACUCUGCUGAGGCCAACUCCAUGGACCACAGCUGUUCCUGCUGCAGAGAAUCAAAGUCUGCUCUGAAGGAAGUGACACUGAAAUGCCCUGAUGGGAAUUUAAUCCAACAUAAGUACCCAUAUGUGGAGACCUGCAGCUGUCAGGACACUGAAUGCAACAUCUCACAGUCCAGUGAGAGGCAGAAAAGAGAAGAAAACAACACUGAAAGCACUCUGAAGCGUCUCAAGAGGGCCAUCAGCUUAGCCUCCAAAUGAAGGAGAAAACACCUAGCAGCAGUCAUCUAAGAGGACUAUGCACCAUCCUCCUCUUCUUAGACUGAUUCUGAACUUGGCUUUCUUCUGGUUUCUUUAUCUUGUUUGUUGUCUGCUCAUUUUUAACACUGCUCUAUUUAUUUGUGGAUGAAAUAAGGACACAGAUUGGUCUUCUUCCUGAUGGUGCAUGGCCUUUUGGAGCCCUCUCUAAUCAUCUGGUUUCCUCUGAAUGAUUAAAAAGCAGAUUUCAAAG